AUGCCGGCACAAACAUUUUAUCAAAACACCAAUUUCUAUUCACUUUCAUCUCUUAAUGAUUUAACACUACCACCUUUAAGGUUUCUAUCAUCACCUAGUACGGACGACGAACAAGGAACACCAAGUCCGAUACAUGUUAAGCCUCUUGUGCUACAGCCAGAACUGACGACAGUACGUCAACUUUCAACUCAACUAAUGACUGUACGUCAGGAACUUUCAACUCAGCUUCAACAACUCUCAACGAUGGAAUUUCACGCUUCGCCACCUAAAGAGACGAGUCUUAACUCGUCACCUGUUCAAACAACUUUUGAUACCCCUCCGCUUGGUGAAGACACACAAUAUGAGACGACAACACUACCAAGACUUUUAUUACCGUUAUCAGAAGUUUCGCCGCUACGUUCAUUUGAGCAAACGUCACAACAAUCAACUAAUUAUAAACAGACGACUAACGAAAAUAAGGAAAAUUCAGGCAGGGAAUACAAGAAAUUUUCGUGUGAAAAAUGUGGUAAAAUUUAUCAAGGCAAAAAUGCACGAUCAAUUUUACGCAGACAUCUUAAGGAUAAACAUGAAAUUGAAUUACCUCGAGCAUCACGCUGGGACAAUGAUCCUAACCGGCCAAAAAAUGAUGAAGAAAGACGACAGAGGAUAUCGGCACAAAAGGCACGUGAAAAGAGAAAUCUUUUAAAAGAGUUAGAGCAGAAAGAAAAUAAUCAAGUCAUCUUUCAUUCACAAGGGCCAGCAUGGUUGAA